UCCCUUUUCUCCAUCAUGGCGGACCAGCCGAAAGCACUCCCCAAGCAAGGGACAAAGAAAAAGGAGAUCAGGAAGGAGCCGAAAGAUCCGUCAAAAAAUGCUAUGCGUGAAGUCCGUAUCCGCAAAUUAUGUUUAAAUGUUUGCGUUGGCGAGUCCGGAGAUAGAUUAACUCGUGCCUCCAAGGUACUGGAACAGCUGACGGGUCAACAGCCUGUUUUCUCGAAAGCCCGCUACACUGUACGAUCCUUUGGUAUUCGUAGAAACGAAAAAAUUGCCGUACAUUGCACGGUUCGAGGAGCCAAAGCUGAGGAAAUUCUCGAGCGUGGUUUGAAAGUCCGAGAAUACGAAUUACGCAAAGAGAAUUUCUCUUGCACUGGAAAUUUCGGUUUCGGAAUUCAGGAACACAUUGACCUGGGAAUCAAGUACGAUCCAGGCAUUGGUAUCUACGGUUUGGACUUUUACGUCGUACUCGGCAGACCUGGAUUCAAUGUAGCUCAUAGAAGAAGAAAAACUGGCAAAGUUGGCUUCCAACACAAACUAACGAAAGAAGACGCGAUUAAAUGGUUCCAACAGAAAUAUGAUGGUAUCAUUUUGCCAGGCAAGAAGUAAUUUACAUAAAUAAUGUACUUUACUUUUACUACUUAUAAUAAAAAUAAAAUUCAAAAGUUA